AUGGCUGAGAAAGCAAGCGUUCUGCUGAUAGGCAGCGGAGGUGUUGGUACAAUUGCUGCUGUGAAUUUGGAACGUGGAGGGUUGGCUUCAGUGACAGCGGUUCUGCGCUCCAAUUACAAUAUUGUUAAAGAAUCCGGCUUCGACAUUCAGUCCUGCGACCAUGGACAUUUGGAAGGCUGGCGCCCAAGCAAAAUAAUCAACAGGAUACCAGACGUGGCAAAGGAGAAUCUCCGCCCAUUCGAUUACAUUAUUUGCACGACGAAGAACCUCCCUGAUAUUCCGCCCACUGUUACCGAUCUGAUCAGACCAGCCGUCACCCCCGGCCAUACUGCCGUCGUUCUCAUCCAGAACGGACUUAAUAUCGAGAAGCCCCUCCUUGCCGCAUUCCCACAAAAUGUGAUUUUGUCUGGCGUCAGCCUGAUUGGCUCCAAGGAGCCCACUCCAGCGAAGAUUCUGCACGAAUUUGAAGAUCAAUUGUUAGUUGGGGCUUUCAACAACCCGCAGCUCGAUUCUGAGCACCAACAAAGUGUUGCCCGGAAGUUUGUAGAAAUAUACUCGGCAGGAGGGAAGACCAAAUGCGAAUAUCAGGCAAAGGUGGGCUGGUACAGAUGGCGGAAGCUAGUGUACAAUGCUUGCUUGAACCCAAUCUGUGCCAUUACAGGGUUAGACACUGGGCGUAUUCGAUUGGCCGAUGGUGCCAUUGCUGGACUUCUCUACCCAGCAAUGGAAGAAAUUCGUGCCGCUGCAAAGGCGGCUGGACAUGUUUUACCUGAUGAUAUAGCACACCAAAUGCUCACUAUUGAGCCGGUAGAAUUAUAUCUAUCGCCAAGUAUGCUGGUGGAUUCCCGCAAGGGAAACUUCAUUGAGGUCGAAACCAUCCUCGGCGAGCCGUUGAGAGAGGGAAGAGCACUUGGGGUUCCUAUGCCAACCCUGUCCGUGCUCUAUGAGCUUGGCCGUGCGAUACAGUGGGGAAGGAAGGAAAGUCGAGGCAUGGUCUCGAUUCCGCCAAAGCAGGUCCCUGGCGAUGUUUGA